AUGAGUAGUAUAAGUAGUGGUAGUAAUUUAGAGGAUUCAUUAAUAUUACAAAAUGAUAUCACCGACCAAGACGAUGACAAGACUACUACAAGUCAACCAGUAACAACAUCAUCAUCGACAACUACAACUAUAGAACAAGAUGAAGGAAAUACAAUCAAUAACCAAUUAUUACAAUUUUAUGAAGUAUUGACGUUGAUAUACUAUGGCAUAAGAGAUUCCUUCAAGGUGAUGCUAGCCUUUAAAAUACUAUUACGAUCAAAGUCACUACAAUCACACUAUAAACACUGUAUCAUGCUCAAUGGGAUCAUCUUUUUAGGAUCAUAUCUAGUCUAUCAAUAUUGGGUAGACCCUACACUUGCCUAUCUUUUACAACAAAUACCUGCUCUAUCUGAUAUAGUUUCAAUCAUUUAUUGUUUGUUAUGGAUUUAUCCUGUAUAUAUAUUCAGUAUUGCUGCCAAUUCUAAAUGGUAUUCUCAAAUUGCAAGUGAAUCAUUUAGAAUAUCUGGAUUUAGAAAUACCAAUGGACCAGCAUCUGUAAACAGAAUACUAUCGGGUAUUGUCGAUGAAAUCUAUCGUAAUCUAAUGUUUGGUGUAUUCCUUGUCAUGUCUGUCAUCAUUGCUUUUAUUCCUUAUACUUCACCUAUUAAUUUUGUACUUGUAACUUGGUUAUAUUCAUUUUGGUGUUUCGAUAAUAAAUGGAUACUAAGAGGAAAAUGGACAUUAAUGCAAAGAAUUACCUAUUUUGAAUUACAUUGGGCAUAUAUGUUUGGUUAUGGAUUUGUAUUUACUUUGGCAUCAUUCUUUUUCCCAAUGUUGAUUGGUAAUGCCAUUUUUUCUUUAUUAUAUCCAAUGUUUAUUAUAUUAUCAGUUGGUGCCAAACCAAUUAAAAUGACAAGAAAAGGAAUACUUCCAAAACAAAUACCAAUAUUUUAUGUUUCCGAAAAGAUUAUAGAUAUUAAAUUAAAUAAUAAUAAUUUCAAGCAACAAGUCAACACUAUUCUUCCACUCGCCAUUCUAUUCUCUGGCAACAUUGUACUUGGAAAUGUUUCCCUUCGUUUUGUACCAGUCUCAUUUAUGCAAACUAUCAAGUCGUCAGUGCCACUAUUCACAGUGAUCAUCCAAACCAUGUACUUUAAAAAGAAUUUCUCCAAAGAUACCUAUCUCUCGAUGAUCCCAAUCGUAGGUGGUGUAGCUUUGGCAUCGAUCAAUGAAGCCAACUAUAACCACGCCGGUUUCUUUUCAGCACUCAUCGCAUCGGUUGUCACUGCCUUGUUUGCUAUCAUGUCAAGUGUUAUGAUGCAACAACAAUUGAAUCCAAUCAAUUUGCUCUACUAUAUGGCUCCAUACAGUUUCAUCAUUCUGACACCUGCUGCCAUCGGUCUUGAACUCGGUCCCAUUAUGGCCAGCUGGCCCGUUGACAGUUACCAAGGAUUGAAACUUGUAUCGAUCCUUGCAUUCUCUGGUACCAUCGCAUUCAUGUUGAAUGUAUUCACUUUCCUAGUCAUUAAAUACACAUCGGCUCUCACCUAUACAGUCUCUGGUAAUCUUAAAGUCAUCCUAUCCAUUUCCAUUUCCAUUUUGAUUUUCAGAAAUGAAGUUGGUAUUUCGAAUGCAGUCGGUUGCAGUAUUGCCAUUUGUGGUGUAGUAUGGUACAGUUAUAUUAGAUACAAAGUAUCCAAUAACAAUGUACUUCCAAAGACACUACCCAAUGCAGUCAUCCAAAGUGCCACUUUUACCAACAAUCCACUCAAGUGUCCUAAAAAGGAUGAUCUUGAACCACUACUCAACACCAACAACAACAACAGUAACAAUAAUAAUAGUAUCAUAAACUCUCUUUCAAACAUUGAUAUAUCCCCACCAAUGCAUUCAUCCAUUAGUAUUAAUAGUAGUAAUAGUAAUAAUAAUUCAUCGACUCUUGUAUCAUCACAAGCUUAA